UCCGCACAGCCCAACCACAGCAAGGAAAGCAAGUGCUUGCAAUAUUCACACAUCAGUAGCCCAGCUCCAUGGACAGAGACCCCCAUUGACCUUUGACAGGCUGUAAAUGACAAAUCAAAACUCAGCAUUCCCCAAACCAGCUGGAGACAGGACCCCUCUUAUCCUCCGCACAGAAAAUGAAAGAAUCUGCAUAUCAAGCUGGUGGAGAGCAACGGGGACCCGAGUAACGGCGGCGGCGGCAGGGAGAGGCCGGCGAGCAGGCAAGGAGUGAGCGGGGCGGCUGCAGCAUCCGGAGCGUCCCCAGCAACAGCCCGGAGCCCGGCCCGGCAGUCCGACUGCAGCACCAUGGACAGCUCAGGUGCCUCGUCACCAGAUAUGGAGUCCAAUUAUGGGGGCGGCCUUUUAGACAUCGUCAAAGGGGGAGCGGGUCGCCUCUUCAGCAAUUUGAAGGACAACCUGAAGGACACGUUGAAGGACACGUCUACUAAAGUCAUGCAGUCAGUGGCCAGUUAUGCAAAAGGAGAGCUGGAUAUCUCAUAUAUUACCUCAAGGAUUAUCGUGAUGUCCUUUCCGGCGGAAGGUGUGGAGUUAGGGUUCAGAAACCAUAUAGAAGACGUGCGCUCGUUCCUGGAUUCAAGGCAUCUGGACCAUUACACAGUGUUCAACUUGUCACCCAAGUCUUACCGCAGUGCCAAGUUCCACAAUCGGGUCUCGGAAUGCAGUUGGCCUGUAAGACAAGCUCCCAGUUUGCAUAAUUUAUUUGCAGUCUGCAAGAACAUGCACAACUGGUUACAGCAGAACCCCAAAAACGUGUGCGUCAUACACUGCAUGGAUGGCCGCACCGCCUCUGCAGUUCUAGUCAGUGCGAUGUUCUGCUUCUGUCACCUUUUCUCCAAUCCGGUCCCCGCCAUCCAACUGCUCAAUUCCAAACGGCCGGGAAUAGGACUGUGGCCCUCACACAGGAGGUACAUAGGAUACAUUUGUGACCUGGUGUCUGAUAAGCCGGUACUGCCGCACUGCAAGCCUGUUGUCAUCAAGGGAGCCACCAUCAGCCCCGUGCCGUGCUUCAACAAGCAGAGGAACGGCUGCCGCCCUUUCUGCGAGCUUCUGAUUGGUGAAACGCGCAUCUUCAGCACAAUGCAGGACUACGAGAGGAUGAAGGAGUAUCGCGUCCAGGAAGGAAAAGUAUCGUUCCCUCUGGGAGUCACCGUCCAUGGAGAUGUUGUCGUUUCCAUUUACCACAUGAGGUCCACAAUUGGUGGAAGGCUACAAGCGAAGAUGACAAACACUCAGAUAUUGCAGAUACAGUUUCAUACAGGAUUUAUAGCACUUGGAACAACGGUAUUACAAUUUACAAAACCUGAACUUGACGCUUGCGACUCUCCGGACAAAUACCCCCAGCUGUUUCAUGUCACCUUGGACAUUGAGAUCGAAGCCACGGACAGACAAACAGAUCUCACCCCUCCCUGGGAGCAUUUUGUAUCGAAGGACCCCAACGCUAGUAUCCUGUUCUCAUCACAGCAGGAGCAGCAGGAGGCUCUGUCCGUGGGGGGCAGGGCCCCUGUAGAGCAACCCCCCGACAACAUCAAGAACCCCGGGCAGGGGGCAUUCUUCUCAGCGUUGAGUUGGCAAGACCAGAAGUUGGAGAAGCCUGGCUCGGAAGACCGCGCUGCGCUGGUGCACGAAGAGAGCGAGCCCUCAGACGAUGAACUCCUGUCCCUCUCCAGCCAGCACAGUAACACCAGUGGGGAAAAGCACCACGGGACCCCAAAGCACAAAAAGGCCGACCCCCCGCUGCCAGCACCUCCGGAGGAUGUCGACCUGCUAUUCCUAGAUGGAAGCUCAGUCAACACCGCAAUACCUUCGCAACCAAAAGCACCACCUUCAAACUCCGAUCUCCUACAAGACCUAUUUGGGGAAGCUCAGGCACAAGGAGAAGCCGUGUACCAGACAGGAGGGGGAGUGGGUUCCACGCACUCAACGCCGCGGCGAUCUGCGGCAUCCCCUUCGCCAUCCCAGUCUCCGAAGAUAGGAGAAGCUUCCACAUUUGAUCCAUUUGGAUCAAGUCCGAAACAGCCGGCUCAGGACUUGCUUGGCUCCUUCCUCAGUGCUUCAAAUGCCGCCACUGGAGAAACCUUUCUGCAGGCCACGAGAAGUCCGUCGCCGACCCCACCGGUCCAUGUGGAUCAGUUUAACAUGGCUCCCCCGUCUGUAUCCAUCCAGCCCGACUUAUCUGGAUCCUGGGACUGGGGCACCCCCGCUCAAGGUGGUUUACGGGUAGGAAGCAAAUCAGCUGCCACCAGUCCCACCGGAUCACCGCACGGUACCCCGCUGCACCAGUCCAAGCCGCAGAGCCUGCAUCCGUUUGCCGACCUCGGAGCUCUGGGUACAAAUCUUACAGGUGGUUCCUCAUUUGCGAGCAAGCCGACCACUCCCACUGGUAGUGGCGGGGGAUUCCCACCUGUAGGGUCACCACAGAAGCCGUCCCCGCAGCACGUAGGGGGGGCUAGUUGGCAGCCGAACGCAGGUUACGCCUGGCAGCCGCAGUCCAAGCCCCAACAAAACGUUCCUCACUCAUCCCCACAAAACAGGCCCAACUACAACAUCAGCUUCUCUCCUGCCAACAGCGGGCAGAACGACAAAGGGAAAAACGCAGCCGCUUCUGACCCUAAACAGAAGGUUCCACUCAACAAUUUUGAAGACUUGCUCUCUAGCCAGGGAUUUAACGCCCACAAGGACAGACGGGGACCCAGAACUAUCGCCGAAAUGAGGAAGGAAGAGAUGUCAAAAGAUAUGGACCCUGAGAAACUAAAGAUUUUAGAUUGGAUUGAAGGCAAAGAGAGGAACAUCCGAGCAUUGCUCUCUACGAUGCACACUGUGCUCUGGGCAGGGGAAACGAAGUGGAAACCAGUCAGCAUGGCAGAUCUGGUGACACCAGAACAAGUUAAAAAAGUGUACCGGAAAGCUGUGCUAGUGGUUCACCCAGACAAAGCCACCGGCCAGCCCUACGAGCAAUAUGCAAAGAUGAUUUUUAUGGAGCUCAAUGACGCCUGGUCCGAAUUUGAAAACCAAGGACAGAAACCGUUAUAUUAAAUUACUUCAGUCUGCGAAUCCCGCCCGUAGCUUCCGUCUAGUAUAAGAUUCAUCCAUGAAUGUGACAGACCCCCUUUAUUUAUCCUUAUACACCUACGUCCAGUCUUAUUAUCGCUUCAUUUACGUUAGGGGGAAAAUGACAUUCUUCACGUAGAAGUUCCCUCUUGAGAAUGAGCAUUUUGCACUACUCAUUGCAGUAAAUAUCGGCGUCUGAUUCUCCCCUGCCGAUGGUUUUAUUUAUAUAUUUAUUCAUUUAUUUAUAUGUAGCUUUCAAUUAAUAAUCCUCUUGGAGUUGAAACAUUUAACUUGCACACAACUGACCUCCCCCCCCCCCCCCUCCCCCCCUUCCCCCUCGUAUCCAAUUAAUGUGCCUGCAGUUUGUUUUGUUAUUUUUUUAUUUCUAAGAUCAAUGCGCCACCAUUCCCCGACAAACCCUGAAACUGCAGGUUUUACAGCUAUCCGGGGGAAGAUAUUUUGGGAGGUAUUCUAUUAGCGGGUAUUGGUCGUUGGAUCGAGUCAACUUAGGUCGACCAGUGAAGGUCAACAUGGGCACUAGGUCGACAUGCAAUAGGUCGACAGGUGAAAAGGCUGACUUGAGUUUUUGGACUUUUUUUGGUGUCGUUUUCUUCGUAAAGUGACGGGGAACCCCAAUUAGUGCACUGUGUCCGCUCACCAUGCUACCGUUCCAAUCGUAGUCCACGUGGAUCGUCAAGUAUGGAAAAAUCCAAAAAAGGAAGAAUUUUUUUGUGAAAAACGUAUGUCGACCUUUUGACCUGUCGACCUAUUGACCAUGUCAACCUAUUGACCAUGUCAACCUAAUGCAUGUCGACAUUCAGUGGUCGACCUGACGGUCGCCCUAAGCUGUGUCGACCUGACGACUGUAUCCCCUAUUAGCCACGAUGCGAUUUUGUACAAUCAAAACGGAUAUCGCGAUUAAUGACAGGUGGUCAUUAUCGCAGUAUCCACAUAGAGUCCGAAAUUGCAACCAUGAUUGUUCCAAGGACGCCGACAUCAGGGCUAAUCGGAUAGCCCCCAGCCAUCCUAUUAGCAGCUGUAAAGUACCGCUGCUAAUAGGAUACCGCCCUUUGGGGGUCAUUCCGAGUUGAUCGUAGCUGUGCUAUAUUUAGCACAGCUACGAUCCUGUUCCCUGACAAGCGGGGCAGACUAACCCUGUUCUUGGCGUCCCCCCGCACAAAUACAAAAGCAUCGCACAGCGGCGUUGCCUUUGUAUUUGAGGAGUAACUCCCGGCCAGCGCAGCUUCUGCGGCUGGCCGGGAGUGAAUUGUCGCUGCCGCUGGCCGCCGCGGCUGCGUGAGACGUCACACAGCCGCCGCGGCCCGCCCUCCCACAACGGUCCGGCCACGCCUGCGUUGGCCGGACCGCUCACCCUAAACGGCGGCUUAACACCGCCGUUCAGCCCCCUCCCGCCCAGCGACUGUCUCAGAGGCGAUCACUAGGCAACGAAAGCUGCCAUGCGCCGGCGCACUGCGGCGCCAGCGCAGUUCCGAACCGUUUGCUGCGCUGCGACAAACUGCAGCGAGCGAUCGGGUCGGAAUGACCCCCCUUUGUGUUGCACACCUACUGUACCUUCCUUCAGUAUCUUAUAGAAAAUAGUGGGGCAGAUGUAUUAACCUGGAGGAGGCAUAAGGAAGUGAUACGCCAGUGAUAUGUGCAAGGUGAUAAAGGCACCAGCCAAUCAGCUCCAAUAUGUAAAUUAACAGAUCUGAUUGGCUGGUGUGUUGAUCACCUUGCACAUAUCACUGGUUUAUCACUUCCUUAUGCCUUCUCCACGUUAAUACAUCUGCCCCACUGAGUGUACUUGGAAAAGGGUCCGAAGCACUCUUCUCCUAGACAGCGGAGAAACUCCUUUGGGAUUUUUAAAUAUUUUCAAGUCCUGUGGGUUUGUCAGAGUCGCCGGCUUUGGCCGAUAGUUUUAGAACGGCAAUAGGAAUUGACACUAAGUCAGGCUUAUUUAGCAUUUAUUCCUAUCGCCGUUUUAAAACUAUUGGUCAAAGCCGCCCAUUAUUGGUGGCUUUGGAAAAACGGCUGUUAGUAAUUAUACACCAAGGUGUGAAAACUAGCUUUAAUUCUACUUAAUGAAAAUGCAGGUAGUCGGAGCACGCUAAUCACGUUCUGUCAGUGUGUUACAUAAAGAGUACAGAGAUCACUAGAUCAUUGCAUUAUACUGUUUCUAUUACAUGAAGUGAUCGCUGCACCUAGACAUAGGUGGCCUGUAGUAUAAUACUGGGAUACAGUUUUUGCUUUUUUUUUUUUUUUUUUAUGAAACAGCGGCUGAUACUUGGUCAGCUGUGUCUGUCCUUAUAAACGCUGAAGGUGCUUUACUAACAUGGUGGUAUUCUGCAAUAACUGACGGCAACCAGCAAACAGCUGCAUGUGACCUGUCCAGUGCAUCUCGCAGUAGUCCCGCAGGGGAAGACUAAGGAAGGUUUGGGUUUGGAGCCAGUGGCGGUUGCAUGGUUAUGAGGCUGGUUGAAGGAGAGACGGCUUGAGAGGUGCAGUACAUGGAAUGCAUUCAGAAAAGGGACAGGUUACUAGGUGUGUCCCAGUUAAUACACAUUUGGUGAGCUUACUUCUGGUGUGGAAGGGAAAGUGAGCAUAGGAGGAGGUGGACCGAACACUGUCGCAACUACAGUUCAAAGACUAUGAAAUCACGCACUGCACAAACAAUAUCUACUACUGAGGAGGAAAGGGAUCUGAAAGUCACUAUUUCAGGCAACUUAAAGAUGGGCAUUCAAGGAAUGAGGAGUGGACAGGGAGAGGUGGUUAGGGUGGCCAGUUCCGGGUAACGGGAUUGAAAAAAGGUCAAUCUCAGGAUACACAGGCAUUGGUGUUUUUCCUAUGUGUCCGCCCCUCUCGCCCCACCACUCCCCUCCCACAUAACUCACCAUAAAAUGGGGGCAGGAGGGUGGGACACAUCCUUUGGGCUCGACGGCGGGCGGCUGACUGCGCAGCAUUACCUGUGACUUCACGUCACGCUGCGCAGCGGGAGCUGGGAGGAAGGAGCCGGGCAGCGCCUAAACGUCCUGAGGACACUCAACGCUGCCCGGCUUGGAGCUUCCAAUCCCAGGAUUGAAUCCCGUCCGAUUCUUAGCCUAAAGACUGGGAUCCCGCCGAUCCUAGGAUUGGCCACCCUGGAGGUGGUGUUACCUCUGUAUAGGUCAUGAGUAAGACCAGUCUUGGGGGGAUAUUCAAUUUGGCCCAGGGUGCCGGGUGAUAAGUAUCGGCCGGUGGGGGGGGCGGUGGGGGCUGCCUCCGGCAGGCGAAGCAAAAUGCCCGAUAACAGCCCCGUUUUCAACCGAAAACGGGGCUGUUUCACCCGAAAACACACAGGUUUCACUGAACCUGUGUGUUUUCGGGUGUAAGAGGACUUGUCACCGGCCGAGCAAAUUAAAUAGCCCGACCGCAGCACCCGAAGAAACAUCGGGGGUUUUUACUCCCGAUGUCUCUUCGGACCAAAUUGAAUAUCCCCCAUAGAUUCAGACUCCGUUAUCCAUGGGUUAUGUCGUGCAAUCUCUAAAGUGCCCGAAGCAGUUUAAUUAGAGACCCACGACCAUCUUCAGGGUAGCAGGUAAUGCUAUUUCUUCUCUGUGGAGUCUAGUGGUUUAAACACAGGCUGAGAGAUUCUUAGUCGACGACAAAUUCCCAUAAUCACUCUGUUAAUAACUGUCCGCCAAUAGACUUUAUUCUCGGCAGGCAUAAAAUGUUCUAAAUAAAACAUUAUACCGAAACAUUAUUUUAAAACUGAUUUUAUUUCCCAUUAAGGACAUUCCAAUUUCUGACAGAUGCUUAAUAUAGACUAUGUAGACAUCAUGAACCUAAACAUCCAAAAAGAACAGGACAGAAAGAAGCCGUUCAUCGAAACGUGUCGACUAGUUUUUGUUUAAGACAAUCAUUUUGUUUACAUAAAUGUCUUCAGGAGUUUGCGUUCCAUCCUUUUUAUUUAACCAAUACUCGACUUAAUAUUGAUGCAAUUGAUAUACCUACGAUAAAAUGUUCAGUUGUCCUUUGUUUUUAUAUUUAAAACAAAAACACAAAAUAAAAAACAAAACAAAAAUAGAGCAAAUUAAUUAAAACAAAGCUAAUACAAUAGGCAAUGUAUUAUUACAGAAAUGAACAAACAUUUGCUCGUUAUAUUUCCUUGGAAUGUGAAUAAUUAUCCUGUGAUUUGUUAAUGGUUUCUAAUUUAUGUUUGUAGAUAUUCUUGUGUGUUCUAGACCUAUAUAAUAAAACAACCUAUCAAUGUAAUGUAUUCUUUAAUCCCGUUUAGACUGCUAGCCCGCUAUCAUGGCUUUGGCAUUGUGUAAUAAAGUUUCAAUUUCAACUCCUUGAAUAAGAAAAAAAAAAAGAAAAAAUUAACAUUUACUCAUCUCACAAAAUAACUAUGUAUCUGUUUAACAUUUUUAAAAACUUUAUUUUCAUGCUUGUUUGUGGUUUAAAGAGAUUAAACAUGCAUUUCUUUUCUUACAAAAAAAA